CUUUUAGAACAAACAUUCUUAAAUUCUUUUUUCUUUUCAUUUCUGUCAUAUCCAUAAAAUAUAGAGUGAAAUGUGAUGAUUAGUAAAAUAUUAACGUAUCUAGUUACACGUUGUAUUCUAAAGUCUUAGCAUAACAUUAUUUAACCUAAGCCAAAAUGACUUCCUUCGGAAAACAAGAAACUGAAAAACUUAAACAAAAUUUAAGUAAUCAGCUAGACAGAUUAGUGGAACAAUUGGCAGAUUUAGAUAAAUGCCGAGAUGAUUUAGAACCAGAAGAAUAUAAUGAAACUAAGGAAGAAACUCUUGAACAAUUGAGAGAAUUGAACGACAGUUUAAAAAAACUUGUUAAUGGAGAUAUAUCUUUAAUUAGUGAAUUGGGAGCUAUUCAAUUGGCCACACAGGCUGCUAUCUCUCAAGCAUUUCAUACUCCAGAAGUUAUAAAACUUUUUGGAAAAAAAGAACCUCAGUUAUUAAAACAAAGAUUAUCAAUUAUUGAACAUGAUUUUAAACUGAAUAAGCUAAGCAUUGAUGGAUUUGAAAGACAAAAGGCUGAAAUCCUAAUUGCAUUGAGACAGCUAGGAGAACAGUUGUCUUCUGCAGACUUGCAAUUUUUAGAAAAACAUAACAUCUCAAAUACAUUUAAAAACGUUGAAUUGGAAAGAAUAGAAAUGGAAGAUGAUGUAGGCAUAGCUGCACUAAUUGAUCCAUCACUCGCAAACCAUCCAACAUCUCAAAUUCACAUUUAAUUUAAUAAAAAAAGUUAUUGCAUUUGCUUUUACAAUUAGUAUUAAGUUUUAUUUUUUACAUACCAACCAUGUUGGUUUACAGCAUCUUCAUGUAAACUUGGGGUUAACAAACCUGUAAAAUCCUCCAUUCAUCCCUAUAGUAAGAAAUAGAACAAUUCACACAAAAUAAUUGAAAAUGUAAUACACACAUUACCUUAGAAAACCACCUAUAAUGGUGCAGAAGAAUAAACAAGUAAAAUCGCAACUGCAA